AUGGGUGACAUCAUCGGUCACAAAGAUAGGCAAACAUGGUCACCUUCUCAUGUUCUCCAAGAUCCUCUGUUUGAUCAUUCCAACAAACAUCAGUUGCAGAAAUCUAUCAAGAACCACCGCCACCACCACCAGCCCGGCAGCGGUGGAUUCCGUCAUCCCGGUGCACCUCCUCUCAGAGAAAAUUUUGCUUUGAACUAUAAUACAAGACAAAACCAUCAAAACAAUUGGCAAAGGAAUAAAGGAGAGGACCGAAUGCAAGCAUUUUUCUUGGUUUCACCGGGCCGUACAACUGCCGGCACCGGAGUAUUUCUUCCGGCCACCGCUUCUCAUCCGCCAACCAAAAAACCAGCUUGCUCGCCGGUGCUUCUCCCGGCUCGUGUUGUUCAAGCGCUCAAUCUCAACGUUCACAACAACGGUAUCCAUAUUUCUCCCCGUUCAGAAAUUCGAGAAAAUGAUUCGAAGAUGAAGAAAAGCGAAAUGGUGGAAACACCUUUGAACAUUGAAGUCGAGACCCCGAUUGAUUCGCCGGAGAAACUUCUACCGGAAGAAUGGAUAUAUUAA